UCACCCUGGGGCGGGGUUUUACAUUCAGGAAAGUGCUGGAGUUGAGGCCGAGCUAAGGAUUUCAGGGCGGUUUCAGUAGGUGCUCGGAGCUCAGCAACCUGACUGUUCCCCGACUCCACUGACUUCAUCUCCGACUGGCUUCUUUCCAGGAAAGUGCCUUUAACCAAGCAGCAUGUCCGAUUCUGAUGAUAUCAGUGAGUUUGGAUUCAUCGUUGACAGGAUCUCCAGAGGCGAGGUUCCCAUUAAGAACAUAGAGCGGGAAUUGAUCUGCCCGUGCUGUAAGGAGCUCUUCACUCACCCCCUGAUCCUUCCCUGCCAGCACAGUGUCUGCCACAAAUGCGCCAAAGAGUUGCUGCUGUUCCGGGACGAUGCGGUCACCGAGCUGGACUCGGAGUUCUCCAACCCGGCCACACCAGUCAGCAGCCCCCGGAACCGCCGCCUCUCCUCGGCCAGUGUCGAGAGGCUCGAUAGACUCACUAGGACAGGCUGGAAACGAACCAUCCACAGUCAAGGAAUCACCACCUUCCCUUGUCCUAGCUGCAAACAUGACAUAGAUCUUGGAGAACGUGGCCUUAGUGGUCUGUUCCGAAACUUCACCUUGGAAACAAUUGUGGAAAGAUACAGACAGGCCGCUAGAGCAGCAGUGGCAAUCAUGUGCAAUCUCUGCAAGCCCCCACCCCAGGAGGCCACAAAGAGCUGCAUGGACUGCAAGGCAAGCUACUGCAAUGAGUGUUUCAAACUCCAUCAUCCUUGGGGGACUCCAAAGGCCCAGCAUGAGUAUGUAGGACCAACAACCAACUUCCGACCUAAGAUCCUGAUGUGUCCUGAGCAUGAUAUGGAGAAAGUUACCAUGUAUUGUGAGGUAUGCAGACGGCCCGUGUGCCACCUCUGUAAACUGGGCGGAUCACAUGCCAACCACAAAGUAACUUCUAUGAGCAGUGCCUACAAAGCCCUGAAGGAGAAGCUAUCCAAGAGUAUCGGUUACCUCAUCAGCAAAGAGGACCAAGUGAAAACUCAGAUCUUUCAACUGGAACACAUGAUUCAGCAGACAGAGAGUAAUGGAGAAAAGGCGAAAAGAGAAGCCACUGAUAUGAUUGAUGGCCUGUGUACCAUCCUGGAACAGCGCAAAAUGAAACUUAUCAAGUCAAUUGAGGACAGUCAUUCAUCAAAACUGGAGAAACUACGAAACCAAAUGGAUGAAUAUCAGGGGAUGCUGGAAAACAGUGGGCUGGUUGGAUAUGCCCAAGAAGUACUGAAGGAAACAGACCAAUCCUGCUUUGUACAGACAGCAAAGCAACUGCAUGUUAGGAUCCGAAUGGCUACUGAAUCCCUUAAGACAUUCCAGCCAGCUGCAGAACCGACCUUCAUAGAUUUCACUCUGGAUGUUUCCCGAGAGGAGGAAAUCCUUAAAGAACUGUCAUUCACAAAUGUUCCAGAUGCGCCAGUUAUCGACCUGACACAAAGCCGGUUGUAUGAUGAGGGAACCAUCAGCUGGCAACAACCCAGUGGCACUCCUCCUGUUGACCACUACAAGCUUGAAUAUAGGAGACUCGACCAAGAUGGAGACUGUGCCUGGGAGUCCACUGAAGAUGUGUGUGGCACAAGUAAAGUCAUCUCAAAUCUUGACACCAAUACGAGCUACAUCUUCAGAGUGAAGGGCUGCAAGAAUUCCAUCUACAGUGACUACAGCAAGCAGGUAGUUCUCCAUACACCGCCUGCUCCAGUUUUAAGGUUUUUGUUUGAUGAGAAGUGUGGCUACAACAGUGAUCACCUGAUCUUAAACAAACAGAGAGACUCUGUGGAGAGUGUUGCUGGGCUUCCCAUGUUACUCGGUGCAGAACGGAUUGUGGUUGGAAGUUAUAUGUCUCUGGACUUCAUCACUGGGGACACAGGAGUAACAAAAGGAAAAUACUACUGGACCUUCCGAGUGGAGCUCGGCUCAUAUCUGGUUAAAGUAGGUGUGGUGUCCGACACAAAGCUGCAAGAGUGGUUUCACAGUCCACGAGAUAUCAACAGUCCCAGGUACGAUCAAGACAGUGGCCAUGACAGCGGGAGUGAAGAUAUUGCUUUGGAACACUCCCAACCUUUCACUUUUGUUACCAUAGGGAUGAGGAGGCUUUUCAUCCCGAAAGGUUCUGCCAGUUCAUCCACAGAAUCUUACAAACGCUCUCUAUCCACUCCCAAUCGAAUUGGCAUUUGCCUGGACUAUGACAAAGGGAGAGCGAAUUUCUACAAUGCAGAUACUAUGCAGUGUUUGUAUGAAAGAAGGGUGGAAUGUUCUGGAACAAUGUAUCCUGCCUUUGGGCUAAUGGGAGGUGGGGCAGUACAUCUGGAUGAAUUAAUUACAGUGAAAGAAUCUACAAAACUUAAUUUCUUUCUCGAUUCUUGAUUGCUGGGAAGCAUUUUUCCCCAUAGAUUUAAAAACGUAAAAAAUAUGUUUGCUUCCCUGUUCAUAGCACUUUAUGGCAUGCGUUGCUUGAAGAGCCUCUAUAAAUGGUUCCACUUGGUUCUCAGUAGAGUUUGUGCAAUACACAGCCACUGAUUAGACAAUAGAAAUUGGUAGUGAUGUUUGUGGCUGUCAGAAAUCUUUCUUUCAUCCUCCUUCACCUCUGCUUCACUUUGUUUUCACACAAACUGGAUUGUUUAAAACUAGCUGGAAAUGCACCUUUUCAAAGAAGUAAGACUGUUGA